ACCCCAGGUGCCACCCCACUAAGUUCCAGUUUAAAAUGACUACAUUGUCGACAAAAGGCUUGGGUUGUAAACUCCAAAAUAGUGUGUGGUUGCAUGCACCUUUCACCUUGUUUUCUAGCCCAGGCAUGUAGUAUUAAUAUUUAAUAUUUUUUCAUAUUCACAUACAUAGUAUUUAGAGUUCCACGCAACUCCAGUUGGUGGCAGUAAUGCAACAAGAAGUGACUUGCUAACCACCACAAAACUAGAAGAUGAAGAGGGAAAAAAAUGGUGAUUGUGCAAUGUGAAACUCAAAAAUUCACUAGAAAGUAAAUAAACGAUUUGUGUAAAUAAAUAGGCAUAACCAUUGGUGCCACCCAUGAAUAAACAAGUGCCCCACAUGGGCCACCCCAUUUUAAAAGUCCUGGUUACGGCUCUGUUUUAUAUCCAGCUGAGAAACGAGGCCGCAGUGAAUGGGCUGGUUUAAUGCGCCACCUCGGAUCGAAGAACGUUUUCCUCACGUGGUCGGAUUCAUUUAUUGGUAUUUAACCACAACCUAAAGACACGAGAAUGAAAUCUGACACGCCCAAGUAAACGAGUAAGUCAUUAAUAAGCAUUAAAACACUUGAAAUGAAUGAAUGAAAACUUUUAAAAAUAAGUUUUAACCCUUUAGAACAAAUGUUGUUGCUUGGCCCCCAAGUCCAGCUGUUACCUGAGGGUUUAAAUGGGCCAUACCAGACAGUUAUGGGAAAUGUCGGGACGCCACGUCAGCGCAAAAGUGAUGGUGACAUUUUUAAAUCCUCAAUAGUGAACCUUCGUAAUUAUGACGACUGUUCAUGACCCGCCUAAGGUCUGGACACCGGCAGCUUGGAGUAUUUGAUGGUACUCGAGUACCAUAUGGGUAUGGAUGUAUUUGUGUAUAUCUAAGUCUUGAGAUCAGCUGUGUUGCUUAGCAACUGCUGCAGGUUCUCACUAAUUAUAAUGCAGCCAGUUAGAAAUAUAAAAGCAGGAGUUCCAGUGAUGCCAACAGUAAUUCUGUCUCAUGAAGUUCUACGUUUUAUGCUCCACUUGUAACAAUAGAGCUACGUUUGCAAGAUCAAACGUGUCAAAGAAGUACAAAAACUUACCUUAAGUAGAAAUCUUGGUGUCUAUACUGGAGUAAUUUUCUAAUAAUUCUACUCUUUAUAUUUUCACACAAUUAUCUGUGUGUUCUACUCAUCGACAUAUGUAUACGGUUCUACUCACGUUGGCGCUAACUCGACUGCGAUUGGAAACGUUUACCACCUCAACUGUUUGCACCAUGUGGUUCUUUUAUGUAUCCGCUUUGCACUGAAAUGCAUUCAUGUCCAUUGGGCAUCCCAAAUUUAUCAGCAAAACAUUUUUAUAAACAAAUUUGGCCUUUAUGUUUUUAGGGAGGUGUGGUAAAGCUUAAGUUUAGUCCUAAAUGACAUUUUACUUUAACUUACAAAUACUUAAGUACCAUGUCUUUAGUAGUUCUGAAACCAGUGGUUUAUUACUUUUAUUCAAGCUUGAAUUAAUACUUCAUCUUCUGUCUUUCUAAACUCAAUAUCCAUAAGACAGGGGAGCCUAACUGGUAAACUGGGCCAUUUGGCUCCCCAUCACUGGUUUGAGCCCCUGCUCGGUGGCGGUCAAACAGAGACACCUAGAGGACACGUGUCGCUACUGCAGCCCUCACCUAGCAGUGAAAGUGAAACUAUAAACAGUUGUAAAAAGCUGCUUGGAGAGAUGCUGGGUUUAUAGCAACGGACGGGCGUGGGCAGCACGGCUGGAAAAACGCGCGGUAACCGUUAGCCGCGACGACUUCCGGUCUCCGUGUCCGCAGCGAGGAUGGAGAGCAGCAGGACGGUGGUGGUGUCCGGUGUGCCCACCGUGCUGUCGGACAGCAGGAUGGUCGACAAGCUGACUAUUCACUUCCAGAGCGGCAGGAGGAGCGGCGGAGGAGACGUGGAGGAGGUGACCUUCCCCACCAACAUGGACGGAGUCGCCUUCGUCACUUUUGACAAAGCUGAAGACGCAGAAAAGGUGGUGAGAAAGAAAAAACACGUCCUGAAGGAUGGAGAGUUUUCUGAAGACUACACCCUGACUGUGUUUCCCUUCAGCACAGAUGUGUUUUUAUACGUCUCCAAGGCUACCGUAGAUCUCUCUGUUUUCAGAAGCGAUCAAGCAUCCUUGAUUGAGCUCCUGCAGUCAACUCACAGAUCAAUACGGUUCAGAUCUUCGCCUGAGCAGGGGAAAGCUUAUGUAGAGGGUCCUCUGUCAGCCAUCAAAGCUCUGAGGGAGGACCUCUACUGCAGGGCCAAACUUCUUAAACCCUCAACCCAAACUGUCAAACCAAAAGACACCAGUUCUAACCCAGUGGUACCAUCUCAUGACGAACCUGUUGGCUAUGUUGGGUUCUCUGGUACUAAAGCCAAGCGGAAACCAGGAGGCUCAAGCAUUAAAUCCGAGUUACUUCAGAGUUCAAGUGAAGCAGGAGAAGUCAGAAGCAUCGCCUCAAAACCAGAAAGUCAACAAGGUCUCAGUCAGAGUUUGGCACCAGGAAGUUUCAGACACGUGAUCGGAGGAGAGUCCAGUGAAGCGACUGGGAACUUCUCAGAUUGGAACUCCGUAAAGGCAAAACCAGCAAAGCAGCAAGGCUACGACAGAUCGGAAUGGAUUUCAGCCGCCAAAACGGGAGGAGAGAAUCCGACGGUCCAUCGCAGCUCAACCACCAACCGUAGGGAGGUUUCGACCUUGUCCACAAGCACACACGAUGGUGGCAAACACCUGUGUACAGAGGACUCUGAGGAUAUUUGGGUUGACUUGUAUAUAUUCAAAUAUGCGGAAAAAUUUCACAAGAAUGACUUUGACAGAUGCUUGAAGGGUGUCAACGUGGUCAUCAAACAUGAGGGAGCUGACCUCAUGCGGCUAUCGCUGACUGACAAAAAACCCUCUGAGUUGGGCUCAAGCUACUUCAAGGUGACCUUGGAAGACUUUAAGGACUUGAUGGACUUUUUGGGGAUGAUUCUCAGAGUUCAGACAAUCAUUUAUGAUAAGUCGGUGCUGCUUAAUAAAGAGAAACUGGUUUCUAUCUGUGAUAAAGGGAACUCCCUUUACAGUGAUGUUCUUUACCUGUUAGAGGACUCUUGUAUCAAGGUCGUGGGUCCACCAGCAUCUAGUCACAUGUUCUGUAGGUUAGUGGAGAUGGAGAUGUCUAAAGUCAAAGGCCAACAUGUUGAUCCCAAAGCAACCAUGAGCCAGAGGUAAAAAGGUUUGCUGUUUCAUGUAUGACCACAAGGUGGAGCUGUUGUACCGUAUAAAACAUUUGUACCGUUUAUGUUAGAGAAACUGGUUUUUAUUUACUUUCUAUUGCUGAUGGCCAGAAGAACAAAAAUACUUAGAUGUUAAGAGCUUUCAUUGCAUCAAAUCUGUAUUAUUUAUGUUGGGAAGCUUUUGUGUUUGCAUUAGAGUUAAUCUCAUUUAACACCCAUCACAACAAGAGAUGAGUUCCUAGUUAAUAAAAAAAAACAAGUGUGACAGAAAUUAUUUCAUGUAAUUAUGUCACAUAUUUUGGCUGCAGCAUUUAUUUUGAAUUAAGUCU